AUGUUCGUCCCCAAAACAGCAGCCGCAUCGCGCAACCCUCGCAGACGCCAGAGGACUAGCUCCGAUGAAUCCGUCAAGCCGCCAAAGGCGAAAAGACAGCGCUCAGUGCUGCGCCAAGCUGGCGACUCUCAAGCCACGAGCUUGAACCAGGACCAGCGCGAAGUCGCAGAGCCGUCUAUCUCUGUUCCGCCCUCUGAUCACGAGGUGGUUACCACCGCAAUUGGUCCUGAGUCGCAUCUUCCAAUUCGGAGCGCAAAGCAGGCUGAACGGCCUAGUGCCGAUGCUGAAGGGACGGUCGUACUGUCAAGCACUGAUUACUACACCGUCGAUCAACUUCCCGCUUUACCGGAUCAAAUUCGAGGAUCACUUUCAGAGAAAACAGACUCCCUCAGAUGUUUUUUCGCACCGAGUCAUCAGUACGCACUCGCCUUGACACCUUCACACGCAAUCAUAUGGCCAUAUUCCGUGACUACGUCGACUCCUUCAGCCUCGGAAACGUUCACGGUCUCGAUUCCCGAGACAUGUAGGGAUACACAUGGUGCAGUUCCGCUCGGCGUCCUGCUGUCCACUGCCACAGGGGGACAUCCUGGCCUUCUCAUUAUCAUCCCUUCCACAGGAAAAAUCAUUUACUGGGAGACGGUUUCGAGCGCAGCAUCACUAGGACUGUCCCGGCAAAAACAGAAUGGAAUUCAAGGAUCGACGCCCGGUCUCCUUUCCGGCGAAUACGCCACGGAGAUCAUGAAUUGUGAGCCCUCGGGGACCAUCAUCGUCUUUUCCUCCGGGCGAGUGGCACAUGUCACUCUAAGAAAUCCUCAAGGAAAGCCCUCCGUACUGGUGAAUUUCCUUAGCACGUCGAUCAGCGGUGGGGCCGGAGGAUUCCUUGGUGGAAUCAAAAGUGUUCUGGGUGGCGGUUCUUGGAGGAAAGAAGUUACUGCAGUUCAAGCAGGUGGAUCACGCCAGCGAGGUCAGCGAGAUGUGAUAGUUGCCACUUCCGCUGGUCAGGUGGAAAUAUGGGAUACACAUUGGAAUCACGGAAAUGCGCUGAAGAAAAAGUUCGAUGUCAGAGGGGACAUUGCCGCAUCCAUUCUUCAUGACUCCAUCAAGCCAGUUGGGGAGGCGGACCUGAAAAUUCUGGAUUUCGCAUUCUCGGAACAGCAAUCUCCAGAUGAAGAUGACUCCCAAGUAUCUGAGGAGUCCUGGCGGCUUUUUAUGAUUGUCAGCACCCCACAGCUGCUGGAGUCCAAAACACUAUUCGUCGUCCAGGUCCUCUUAUCUGGAACUGGCGCACGUAUCCUUUCUACUCAUGCGGUGGAUAUCCAUACCAUCUCCGCCGUGCGGAGCGACUUGAAGCCCAAAAUACUGGUUCCAAAGGGGGAGACUACUGCGUUUGUCCUUAUUGGGCAAUCUCUUGUCGUACUGUCUCUUACAAGCAUCGAGGAGACCCCAACGUCCCAACUACUUCUGGACUCUCACAGAAUGCCUCUGCCUUUCCAGGAUAUCAUCCAUCUUAGGUCAGGCAAAGACUAUGAAAUUCUGGGAUAUAGCUCAGAGGGCCAAUUUGAUGAUGAGAGCGGCACAUCAUGCGUGAUGAUGGUUCGAAAUUUUGGCGUCGUACGAGUGAAUGUGGUUCCUCAGUUCCCGUCGGCGCUUGAUGCGGAUGAGGGCCAAGUCACUGCGAAACACAAGCUCGAGCAGGCAAUUUUCUUCGGGACCAUGGCACAGAAUCCCUUGAACUUGCUCGGGGAUAGUGACCUCGAUUUUCCGGCGACUGAAAUCGAGCAAGCGUCUUUGGAAAUCUGUAGGGAGCUUCUUCGAUCGGAUUCCCGCUUCGUUCCUACCUCUGCCAUAUCCAUAGACCAGAGCCUGAGGCUGAGGGCUAAAGCCCUCGGGGAUCUUGCGGCGUUGUUGUUGCGCAAAGGAAACCCGCUCAGCCGCCCAGCAAGGUGGGAACUGCUGUGGGGAGCAGAAAAACUCGCUGCGCAACGAGCUAUGUGGAAGCUAGAAGAGGCACGCAGAAGCAAAGGCGAGGACGCCUUCCUUGGCCAUGUCAUCGAAUCUAUGAACGACAAAUUCAAGACGCUCCCUGACCCCUCGCAUGGGGACGCUGAUUCAGUGCGUCUGUGGUUCAUGAAGGACACGCAUCACAUGGAACAUGUGAUUCCCUGGAUCAAGAACGCCAUCAAACCUCGGAGGGGAAAUUCUUCAAAGCAGGCACGGAAGCUGUCCGAGCAGAUUUUAGAGGCAAGCGAGCUCUUCCUAGCUAUCAUCGAAACAGCUUAUCGGUAUCGUGACGAGCACGCAUCCGUGUACGGAUUGGGCAGUGACUUCGUGGAAGAUGGCGUCCUAGCUGAUGGGUACGAGAAUCUUCCCGAGUUUUGGACCUCUCGUGCGGUCGGAUACACCGAGGCGGGCCAUUUACUUGACUGGGAGCUAGACAGUUGUCGGGCAUGGAUCCAACAAAAGACCUCUAGUGCAGACGCCCCCGAUGGUCAGGUCUUGAAGAAGAUUGCCGAAAACAGUGCCCGCCAUCUCCGAGUCCUCGGCCAGAUGCACCGUGAACGAACACGCUGGUUGAGUGCACAAGGCGAUUCCAAGCUAGCAGACGAAUGUGCUGCGAUUGAACAGGCUCACGUGAAGGAACGCAAAUGGCAACUAUUCAAGUUAGCGGGCAUCGGCCAUCUUCGUGAUGCUUUGAGCCUAGCGGAGCGCUUCCGAGACAUGGGGGCCCUCGUCGAACUCAUCAUUGAACUCCAGGACCAAGUGAAAACCCAGGCAGGCCCAGAACCCUUGGUGGAUGCUCCUGUCAUGGCCGCAAGCGAAGCUGAUGUCGCGCAUCGAGUUUCUCAAUAUUUUGAUAGAUUCGGCGAGCCUUGGGCGGAUGCAUACUUCUCACGCCAGAUUUCAAUGGGCCAUCCCGGCGCCUUGCUCUCCAUGCGCAAGUAUCAAACGUCCGUUACUCGGUUCCUCCGGAAAACACCUACCUAUUCCAAAUUGAGCUGGAUCAACGACGUGACAGGCGAGGAGGACUAUGAAACUGCUGCUGUGUGUCUGGAAGGUUUGGCGCUUGGUGGUGAAGAAGAACUAUGGAGUCAUCGAGUACAAUUAUCGUUGGCAAAACUGAGCAAUCUAGCCUCGAGCGAGAAAAAGCAACUGCGAGACCGUCCCUCAUCCUUACAGAAGGAUAUCAAACGGCUGGAUGAUUGCAAUGAGGUCGAUGAAAUUCAGGACUCUCUUCAUAACUAUGUGAAGUCAUUCUGUGAGGAUGCGAUCGAUCGGAGGGCUGCAGCUGACCUCGCACUGGGCUAUUUUGGUGGACAUCUCGCGGCAGAUCGUCCCUCACUCUACAAAAUUUUGGAUGAUGCGCUUUUCACCCUGUUCAACAGACACGUUGUCGGUGUUGAUGCUUUGAUAGAUCUACUCACGCUCAUGGGUCCGUUGCACCACAAUGAUGACAUUGAAAGUGAUUUUGGGGGGCGGGAAUUUUUCCUAGCCCUUCGAGUCCUUGAUCACAGUCGCUACGGCGAGCGGGAUACAUCAUACAUGUCAGCAUUGCGAAAGUUAAUCUGGCGACGUUGCUUAAUCAAGGAUGACUGGGAAGCUCGGGGAAAGGCCGCCGAGGGUUCCAAUGGAACGUCGGACGAGUCUACACGCGACACUGCUCUAUAUCGUACACUGUCUCUCUGUCUCUCUGCCACUUGCAGACCCAGUCUCAAGUCUCUGGUCGUGCCUCUUGCUCCGACAGAGGCGCUGAUGGCUGAUUCUGAAUCCGAAAUUCUCGUAUCACGCUUUCGUCCCGAGCAACAGGCGCGGGUGACUGCUGACUUAAAGCGGGAAGACGAUAUGCUACGUCAGUUCAUCGAAACUGGCAAACUUGACUUUUGGUUUCACAAUCUCGUUGCCUCCGUCAAGACUGAAUCGGCAUCGGAUGCGAUGGCAGAUGGCAACGGUGCAAAGGCCCAAUCCUCCCCGUCCACGGACUCCAAGGCACGGUUGACGUGGGUUUGA